AUGUCGCAGGUUGUUCACUCCAUCACCUUAAAGCAUCUAUCACUACCAAUCCACUCCUUUGUACCUCCGAAGUUUAUUGUUCAUUUGAACCGCAACUUUUCUUUCAUUCUCCCAUCAUCAUUCCGUGUCAAAUGCUACCGCUCCAACCUAGAUGAACCCAAACCAUUCCCACCACUGCCACAACACCCUCCAGUUGCAGAAUUACCGCAAAGGGUGUAUGCGGAUUACUCCGUUUACACAAGGAUGGGUGUGCUCACCUUAACUCCUAAACCUCCGCAAUUUGAUGCAAAAGCUUCUGGGGCGUUCAGUGUGUCUAGGGAGGGUUAUAUGUUGCUGCAGUUUGCUCCUUCGAUAAGUACCGAAGAACCCAUAUAUGAUUGGAACCAAAAGCAGGUAUUCUCACUUUCGGUGACUGAAAUGGGAACUCUAAUUAGCCUUGGUGCAAUGGAUUCCUGGGAAUUUUUUCGUAAGACUGCUAAUGCAAAAAGUGGAAUUGAAGUCAGAAAAGUUUUGAAGGUGGAGCCACUUCUGGAUAUUACUGGUCACUCAUUUAGCUUAAGUGUUUAUAAAAAACCUGUGGACAAGGAGGAAAUUGAGGAAAGACUCUAUCUCCCUGUUACAAGGGCUGACCUAGCAGUUUUAAGGUCAAUUUUCAAUUAUAUCAUGCCGUACCUUCUAGGUUGGAAUGCCUUUGCAAGCACCAUAAAGCCAGAGGUAUACAAUCAAGUGAACAGAACCAAUAGAUUGUGA